ACGCGCGCACUUAUAACAUAUUUCAUUUUUCGUUGGGCUGUGUCACGAAAGAUACUAUUUUUGUGUACCCAAACCAACGAGACGAAAUUUCUAGCUGGUUUUCCUACGAUACGACAGUUCACCAGGGCCUUUAUAUCCUCCGGAGACAAACGUCUCUUCAGGUACUCUGUGUCCAUCGUCAGAGGCAUCAAUAUGGAGGAAGACGAGCAGAAGGUGGCAGUGAUGCGGAAGGCAUUCCAGAUGUUCGACACGACGAAGAGUGGAUUCAUUGACACCCUGAAGAUCUCCACAAUUCUCAAUACAAUGGGUCAACUCUUUGACGACGCUGAUCUCAAUGCCCUCAUCGAGGAGAACGAUCCGGAUCACGUUGGCAAGGUAAAUUUCGAUGUCUUCUGCAAGAUAGCUGGACGAUUCCUCGAGGAGGAGGACGCCGAGGCUAUGCAGGAGGAGCUCAAAGAGGCCUUUCGGCUCUACGAUCGUGAGGGCAACGGUUACAUAACAACAGCAACACUCAAAGAAAUUCUUGCUGCUCUCGAUGACAAACUCACGAGCUCCGAUCUCGAUGGCAUCAUCGCUGAAAUUGAUACCGACGGCUCUGGCACCGUUGACUUUGACGAGUUCAUGGAGAUGAUGACCGGAGAGUAGCUGACAUCUUCCAAGGAAUACUUCAUUCGACAAAUUAUCAAUUGGCAAUGGUGUCAAUAAAAUUGAUCAUAUCCAUCUAAAAGUGUCAUUCGAUUAUGGAACUCAUUGGAAUUCAAUUGGUCACUCAAUUAUUAAUUAUUAUUGAUUAAGCGAUGAAUAAAUGAAAUUUUUUAUUGAAAA